UGCGGACAGACCGCAUGAACAAAAACACAACGGCGGUAAGUUCAGAACAAACAUGUUUUAAAUAUCCUCCUGAACUUUUACCAAACUUCAGGGGGCGGAAACAUCUGGGAGCAUAUGCUGGAAUCUCAUGACUUUGAGUAACUGCGUUGUGCAUGAAAAGGAUGUCCUGCUCUGCUAUCGGACGGCGGCUGGUUGCGUGUCUCCUGAACAUCUCAGAGGCUAGAAGAAGAGAUCUGGUGGAGACAGUGGCCAGAUCAGCCAUCACCGACAAACACGGAAGAAAGCGUGAGGGCGUCACUGUGCUGAACAUCUUUAAUGAUUUUGACUACAACCGCUCUGUCAUCACUAUUGUUGCAAGCAUUGACCUAAUAAGGGAGGCUGUAUUGUCAGCUUGUGAACAUGCAUGCUCUCUGAUUAACAUGAGUGCCCAUGAAGGCAUUCACCCAUGUAUGGGCGCAGUGGAUCUGGUGCCUCUCUAUCCGCUGGGGAAGGAGGUGGGCCUGGAGGAUUGUGGUAAAGAGGCCCAGGCAUUAGCCACGGCUCUGACAGAACGAGUGGCAGGUACCAGUGCCUUUUUGUUUGGUUGGGCAGAUUCUCCACAGCAUCGAGGACUGGCUCAGAGGAGAAAAGUUGUUGGCUGGUUCAGAAAGACCUUUGAUAUGUCAACCAUACAGCCAGAUGUAGGUCCACAGCCCAUCAGGAGAUUCGGCAUUACAGGUGUUGGUGCCAGCCCCUACGUAAUGAACUGCAAUGUGACCAUCGAUACUCAGGAUUUGGCUCUGGGCCGGGGUGUGGCAGCAGCAAUUCGUGAAACCAGCCCUGACGGUAUCCCUGGAGUUCAGGUCCUAGCCCUGCACCAUGAAGGUGCUGUGGAGAUCGCUUGCAAUGUGGAGAGCAUUCAGGGUGGUUCUCCAUCUUUAACUAAUGGUGAGGAACCCUGGCCAAGCUUCACCAUUGGAGGGCAAAACUUCUGCCAUGCUCCAGCCUCACUAAUCACAGCACGGGUUGCAGAGAUGGCCGGGCUCCAUGGUGUGGCCAUAAAGGGUACAGCCCUGGUGGGCUUUACCCCAAAUGAGUGCCGGAGUCUGGCAGAGGAAGCACUGUCAAAGGGCAUUGGAGAGUACUGGAAGGAGCUGCACCGUGUGCACAUGUGAUCAUAGCACAAACUCAUCUUCAAUCAAGAAUCAACUUAAAACACUUUAGCUAAAUUGAAAACUAAGCAAUGGUUUUAAUUGCUGCUUUAGGAACACUUACAUGUGGAAAAUGUCAAGAAUGUUACGUAUCCAAUGUUUAGUAUCAUUUUUGAAGAUGUAUGUAUUCUAACUAGUAAGUUUACUAAUUGCUGCAUUCUCAUGCAGAGAUAAACCUGAAAAAUGUAAUAGCGAGUUUGAAUCUGAUAACGAGACAUAGACCCAUCUUUUUGUUUGUCAUAAAUGAUGUUAUGACUUGGUAUUCUUCUCAUAAGUUUAUUUAAUUAUACAAAGACUAAUUAGGUCAAUACUUUUUGUUCAUCCUUUGGCAGCAGAUGUCAUUCGGAGUUAUGGAUCUCAGAUCUCAAAAAUAGACGUUCUUUGUCUAUACUUGAGGAAGGAAAGGAACCUUCCUCAGUAUUAAUAACACAAAGUUCUAACUCGGCCUCACAAAUGCUUUUUAAGAUUAACAAGCUUAGGCAGGAACAGUAAUUUCACAAAAUGUUGAGAGGCUGAAGUGAUAUUUUUAAGAGGAACAAAAUUGUUUAACCUGUUUUGCUGGCAUUAGAAUCUGCAGUUUUCCUCUUGACUGAGCUUAAGGAAAGGUUGGAAUGCUAUAUUUCUGCUUUCAUUCCGUGAAGCAGAUUUAAUAAAAAAAAUGGCCAUUAUAAACAUAUGAUAACAUGACAAUAUAUUUGAAGGUUAAAAUUCUUAUUUUUGAUAGUCUGGUGUUCAAGUUUAGGAGGCUAUUAUCAAACAGAACCAAUCUUGAAGAAUUUAGUAAUCAGUAGAAGCUUGUUAUUGGUCCAUUUCUGUUGGCAGAUACAAAGAGGGUUAAAGCAUAGCGAUAGUAAAAGAUUCUAUACGUUCAUCACAAAUUUAAGCACAAAGAAGCUUCAUCACGAUGUGUUGCAUUGGUUUUCUGUCAAGACGAUUACAGACAAAAAAUAGUAACUGCUACAACAGACCACUAAACCGCUUAAAAUUACUUCAAAGUCAGCAAUAAAUUUGGCUGCUAUGACCAAGGUACUCAUUUUUCAAAUUCACAAUUUCUAAGAUGAUACAGCCACUUAUAUUAUGACACAAAGUUAUUACACAGCUUAUAAUCUGGUAUCAAUGCUAAAACACAUUGACUUCUUGGUUCUUAAAGGUUGAAGAUGUUUCAGAAAGCAACAUACAUUAUAAAAAUCAUUGUUUGUGAUCAGUGCAUUCUUGUAUCAUUGUUACCAGUAUGACUUGAAUGUGCCAUGAUGUGGAGACACAAAUUUAUAUUUAAACUCAGAACAAAAAGAUAAUAACUAUGAGAAACUUACCAUAACCUAUGUUAGCACUAAAUGUACAUUUAUGAAAUGCAUUCCCCCCCCUCAAUAAACCUAUUAUUAUUCAUUUAUUCAAACCCUGGCUAAGUUUAUUUUAGUGCUUGCAGAUGCAUGUGAGCUAUCCUCAAACACAAGAACUGGCAGAAACAAAACAUUAACAAAACAUAUUAGACUACCUUAAUAUAUUAGUCAUAUAUUGCACAUUCUAUAUUCAAGAAAUUCCACUGAUUUGGGUCCUGUGUUGGCACUGGAAAUACAAAGACAGCCAGGAAAAUAAAACCAACUUGGAUUAAAUACCAAGUUCUGUAGUCUUCACCACUGUAGAAAGAUUCACUACCUAAUGCACAUGUUUGCAAAAAAAUAAAAUAAAAUGUAAAAGUUGACCACUCAGACAUUCCAGCACAUCACCUCCUAAAGUCUAAUCCUUUAACAUUCCUUACCCAGGGAUAACUUAAAUCUGGGUACACAGUGGGUAGACUCUACCCUGCCCAUGGUUGGGUAUAAAAGCAGGUGAAGCAGCCUCUCAUAGUCACAUGAACCUAAGUAACUUUUGGCUAAAGUAUUAACUUGACUGAUAGAGCCACUUAGAACUAUUAGGCUUAUAGAAAUGAAAUAAAAUUAGGCUAAACUUAAAAAAACCUGUCCCUAAAGUUAAACUGUCUUUACAUUUAUAUAUUUACACACAACACUAAAUUUCUGAAUAUAGUGCAACAAAAAGGUGUUUAAGUACAACAAUAGACCUUUUUCACAGACUGUGAUGACGCAUUUCCACCUUAUUUGGCAGCGUAAAUCUAGCAAACUUUUUUAUAUGACAAACUUACACUCAAUAUAAUUUUUUUUAUAAC